AUGGUGUUAACAGAACUUGGAUAAUCAAUUAAAGGAGUUCUUAAUAAAUUAAAUUAACCUUAACAAAUUAAUGAAGUAGUUGUUGAUUAAAUUCUAAAUGAAAUAUCUAUUGCCUUAUAGAAAACAGAUGUAAAUGAGAGUUUAAUAUAAGAGUUGAGAGAAAAUAUUAGAUUGGAGUUCAAAUUACACUUAUUAGAAUUUAUAAAUCUCUAACGACUUCUUUAAAAAUCAAUAAUUGAAGAAUUGACAAAAUUACUUUAAAAUGAUAUUAUGUCAUUUCAACCAAAGAAAGGAUAACCUAAUGUUAUGAUGCUUAUAGGUUUAAAAGGAUCUGGUAAAACGAGUACUUGCUUUAAAUAUGCGUACUACUUUUAAAAAAGAGGAUGGAAGGUUGGGAUUAUUUGUGCUGGUUCAUCUUAAUUAUAAGAGAUAGAUUGGGUAAAACAGUAAGCUAAAAAGAUUAAAGUUCUAUUCUAUGGUUCUUAUUUUGAAUCAGAUCCAGUUAACGCUACCUAGGAUGGAGUUUAAAUUUUCAAAAAGGAGGGAAUUGAUAUAAUACUUAUAGACACGGUAGGAAAGUAUGAAAAAGAAACUGAUUUAUGUAAAGAAAUGAAAUAAAUGGAGUACAUGAUAUAACCAGAUAAUAUUAUUUUUGUGAUGGAUUCAUCAAUUGGAUAAAUUUGUUAAGAUUAAGUAUUUGUUUUCAAAAGUGCUUUUAAUUAAGGAUCAAUAAUAAUUACAAAAGUGGAUCGUCAUUCAAAAGGUGGAGGUGCGAUUUCUGCUGUUGUAGCUACCAACACGCCUAUUGACUUUAUAUGUAAUGGAGAAGGUCAUGAAGAUUUAUUAGAAUUUUAAUCUUCAUAGUUUAUUAGCAAACUAUUAGGAUUUGAAGAUCUUAAGGGGUUACUAAAUAAAUUAAACAGCUUUGUUUCAAUUGGACCUAAGGAAAAAUAGUUUACAUUAAGAGAUUUGGAAUCAGAAGUAAAAAAACUGUUAAAAUUUGGAUCAAUUAAUUAUUUCUUUUCGAAAUGCUUGAUGGGAAUUCCAAGUAUUAAUGUAAAUGAAAAAGAGUAAACAUAGUAGAUGAAAAGAUAUCUUUAUAUUUUGAAUUCAAUGACAUCAAAAGAAUUAGAUGGACAAGUAAGUGUUGUAGUAACUUUAUCGAAUUCUAGAAUUAUUCGAAUAGCUAAAGGUUCAGGGACAACAAUUGAACAAGUCAAUAAUUUAUUAAAAAUCUAUAAAUCAUUCAUAAAAACCUCACACACUCCUCCUAAACACAAUUUUAAAGAAUUAAGUAUAAUUGAGUAGUGA